UACAUGUGCGCAUGUGCACUUUGUAUUAGCUGUUUAGCCCGUCUUGAACUGUACAUGUGUUUGAGUACGGAUGCAUGCAAAUUAACCUGAACUAGUCUGUUUAUACCUAAACAGCUAUAUGGCUUACACUGCCGAGGAAGCCGAGCUCAGGGUCCGCCAACUUCAUUCUGAAAUGUGUAAAGCCUUACAUGGAUACAUUCAUCCCUCACUGCAAGAUAGCUGGGAAGUUUUCAAAUUUCAGUUAUCAAUAUAUCUUACACCAAGGUUUGUGCAGCAGGCUAGCAGGAGCAUCUUAACGGCAAUGCAGGUUCUGGAAGAAAAACAUAUAAUCAGGGUUGGGGAAUACAGCGCAUUGCGAGACAUGGUCAAAGACAUUCACAUCGAGGCUGCACGCAUCAUUGACAAUUUCACCAGGCAGAUUUCUGAAGUGAGAGCCAACGUAACAGUUCCCCCUCCCCACGAGAUACACACUUCCCAUCCUAUACAGGAGCAAGGAGUGCCAGGGCAAGUCCAGCAAACACAAGCUACUCACCCAGUGGAACCACAAGGAAUGCCUGAUCCAAUCCCAAUCUUUGGAGGAGGAGCAUAUUUUGAUUACCAGCCUGAAACAGAUCGUCGUUUAUUCCAGGAAGUUGAUGGCUUUAUUGAUGUACCGGAACCAGUGUACCAAAGAGAUGGAGCUGUUCCGCCUUUUAUUCAAGUUCCUGGUGCAGACGCUGAACCAGAAGGACAAAUUCAAGAAUUACGCAGGGGUCAAGCUGAGGUUGUUAACCAGUUGGACACGGAUGAUGCUAACAGGGUGGAGCAGUUUUCUCCGAACAUAGCACAAUGUAUGGAAGCUCUACAAGGAAGUAUUGGUGACGAGAUACAACACGUGGACCUGAACCGACAGUCUAUCCUUGCUAAUUUACUGGAUUUGUAUAAUGACGAGACGAUUGUUACCAAACGCUUGUAUGUAAGGUUUGUAGGGGAAAUCGGAAUGGACACAGGUGGUCUAACAAAGGAUGCGUUCUCGACCUUUUGGGACAGAGCCUUCAGAGAAUAUUUCAGGGGAGAGAACUCCCUUGUUCCAUAUUUAGGGGCCAGUAAAUUUGCAGAGGCCCAGCGUGUGUACCCGAUUCUAGGAAGGAUUCUCAGUCACAGCGUGGCUCUAACUGGUACAUUUCCUGUCCGACUCUCAAGAUGCAUGCUGUACACAAUGAUUCACAGUGCUGUUGUUGAAGAUGAAGAGUCAAUUUUGAAGGACGUUCUUUUGUUUCUCACUCCAAAUGAGAGAAUGUUAACCAGGAAAGGGCUGGCUGAUUUCGAUAACCUUACACAAGGAAAUGUCAGCUCAUUGCUGGAUAUGUUCACCAGGUAUUCACUCACAGGUCAACCUAAAAAGGAAAACUUUCGACAGAAUAUUUUGAACUUAGGCAAAACACAGCUCUGUGGAACUUGCAUGAUGUUUACAACUUGGAUGAAGUCCGGCAUUCCACCUUCUCAUUUAGAACUCUUUUGGAAUCGACUGAACAUAGAAGAAUUAAAUCGUAUAUACAGAGUGCUCGAACCAACACCGCAGAGAGUGAUUGACCGUAUUGAGACUGAUGUAGAACACUUGCGUGAAGAGGAAGAUCGUGUCUUUUAUUUCUUGAAAGACUUUAUUUCCGUCCUGUGUCCUGAGGACCUAUCGCACUUCUUGGUAUUCCUCACAGGUUCAGACGCCCUUCCACAGGAUAGCCCUAUAAAGGUGCUUUUCAGCCGUGUGGAGGGUCUGGCCAUGCAUCCUGUGGCGCACACCUGUAGCAACACGCUGGAGCUUCCAGUGGGUUACACAUCAUCCCAAGAACUCCGUCGCGACUUCAUGACCAUUCUUAACAACCCUGAAUCCUACAGCAUGACUAUCUUGUAAGCUAUUUGUUUAUGUAGAUUCGUGACAGGAACUGUAACAUGGGAUACAGAGUAAAAACUCUUGAAAUAUUUUGUUGAUGGGUAACUAUGAAAUAAAUAUGUGUUUUUGCGAUAGAGAUGUAUCAUCAAAAUUUAAGAAAAAACAGUGUACAAGCAAGUGUGGAAAAGACACACAGAGAGACAGGCAUUUCGUCCACUAAAUCUGACAGCGUGUGUCAGUCUCACACACUGCUUGCUGCUAUUUGUCAGUUUAAUUUGUAAGACUGACAUAUGCUGUCAGAAUUAUUGUAUAUGCGUAUCAAUAUAUGAUUCAUUUGACAAAGGAUUUUAAAAGUUACCUGUGAUUUUAGCAAAAUUUUAAUAAUGUAUUGAAUAUAAUAAUACAAUAUUCUAACUGAUUAAAAAAUACACGAUGUUUAACGAUGACAUGAAAAAGCAUACAAAUUACAGUUGCAGACGCUCCACUCAAUUUAAUAUUUACUUUUCCUGUGCACCAUUGUAGAAGGCAUAUUUGGUCUUUGCAAUUCUAAAUACAUUUACAUUAUUACAAAGGACUGAGAUGAAUUGUAUACUAAAGCAAUGUAUGGUAAAGACUACUUACAAAUAUACAAUUACUUAACAUACGCAACAUACUGUUUACACUAGAACUAUAUGUCUGAGGUAAUAUUUACAUUUUCAUACUGAAACAAAUCAUGCUUAAAUUAUGCUAGAUAAAUAAUAUGAAGAUAGUUGAAUUGGUAUUCCUACAUGAACAAUGAUUAUAUUAACUCAUCAAUGGAAUAGUGUGUUACUUCGCAAUGUCAAUGUACGAUGAAAAGGGUGUGUUAUUGAAUCGUGAAGCAUGUCAAUAUACAGUAGUGAAUCAGUUACGUGUACCUGAUAGAGUAUACUGUGAACAAAAUGUGAAAAUAUUUAACUAACCUGGUCUUGCAUUAGUUGUGUACACAUGCAACCGAUAUCUGCAUUUAAAGAUUUAUCAAAGGACUGGAAAGAAUUUAGUAAAGACUUGCUAUUUCCAUAUCACUGACUACCGGAUAUACAAUCUGUAUUUGCUUACGAGCACGUGUACGUAUGUAACUAAUUUAAUCAACUAACCAGGUGAUUAACGCUCACCUCAUGUCAUUUCUUGUUAAGCUUCUUUUGUAUAUUUCACCUUUUACAGACAUCUCAUAUAAUACCAUGUCGGGUUCAGUGUACUCCGUUUGAUAUCAGCUGUGGCCUAGUGGGAUAUAUAUGUACCUGACCUCCGUACAUACCUGCAUGGACUUUAAACAAGAGGCCCAUAGGCCUUAGGGGUCACCCGAGUUUUGAUAUAUUUAUACAAAGAGUUGAUUUUUGUU